GACCCUUCCCUGGACCCUGCGCAAGCGGGAGCUACAUGCACCAGGUUGCCCUUUUAAUGAAACGAAAUGUUUUGAUUGUGGAAUGUCUGAACACACACUCGUAUACGGAGCUGCUGAAUAGCAACUAGGUACAGAUGGUCCCCUGUUAUGUUCAUGCACAUGCCCAUAGUUGUGCAUCUAUAUAUAGCUGAUGAAUAGUAACAAGUUAUAGAUCCUCCCUUGUUAUGGUGAAUAGUAUCUAUAUGUUCAUCUUUUUGAUCCCUGUUUGUGGAACUGUAUGUAGCAGAUAGCACCCAGUUUGCAAUCUAGUCUGUUUUUUGUGUGUGUAAAUCUGAAUGUAGCAGCUAGCACUCAGUUUUGUAAUUUAGAGUCUGUACAUACAUGUACUUCUAGCUCAUAUUUCCAUAUAGACAGGAGAUAAAGAUGCCUUCCAUUUUUUACCUCUGAAAUUUAAGAAGGCAUAAUGCGAGUGGAUCAAUAUUUUUCAGUGGCAUACAUUUGCCAUGCUUCUUUUUUCAUACAUAGGUGUCCGAAUUUUUUGUGUCUGUUUGUAGGGGCAUGUGUAGUUCUUUUUAAGGGAAUAGGGGUUUUUUUCCGGUAGUGAGGAGACGCUGAUAGUGUUUUCACAUGUUUUUAUUUAUUUUAUUUUAUUUUUUGUUUGAAAACCUUUUUUUGCUAGGUGGGAAUGUCUGCAAAAUUUUUUUGUUCGAUGAGGAGCCACAUUUUUCUUUUUCUUUUUUGUUUUACGAGAUACCUAGUGAAUGAAUACUUCAAACUUUUCACACUAAGCUAGGUUUUUCAUUUCUUGAAGUUGUGGCAUAUGGUACAACUCCGGAAAUUUAUAGAUAGAUGUGCAUUUUUACAGAUACAUGUCUGAAUUUUACAGAUUUUUCUUUGUUUUGAGUAUACAUGGUUGAAAAUCUGACAGAAUAUUCUGUUUUUUGAUAUAUAAAUACUAGAGAGAAUUUAAUACGAUGUGGCAAGUGAAAAUGGUAUUGAGUUUGUUCAGUUAGUACUGGUAGGUAAACUCACUGGUGCUGAACUUUUUUCUUUGAAGUGAGCUCUGUUUCAGUUACGUUAUCCCAACCUCAACCUUCUUUUUUAAAAAUAUAGUCUGUUUUCAGUAUACUAAACUCACUUGUUUUUUCUCAUGAAAAAUUCUUUGUAUGUAUAAGUGCAGAUAGCAUGUGAAAUGAUAGAGCUUUUGCAUUUUUGUUUGACUAAAAUAAUCAGCAGUUAACUGUUGUUUUUUCUUUUUUCUUCUCAUCAUCUUGUGAGCUUUGUGGGAACUUUUGCGAUGACGGUGCUGACAACAACUUCAAGAUUGACAUUAGGGAUGAGUUCCUGUCUAAAGCGACUGUCCCAUGCAAUGCAAGAGUCUACGUCAAUGGCGUUACCGGUUACUACAUGCGGUUUCAAGCCCAUGGACGCAAGUACUCUGUUGACAUUGUGAAGGGGGCACACGGGACCAGGAUCAAGGGGAGUGGCUGGAAGAAAUUCACUUCUGACUUUUCACUUCGGAAGGGUGCUGUCGUCAUUUUUGACUUGGACAUGCGUCCGCGCCAGGCAUAUGUUGUUGUUCAGCCAGUUGAAGGAAGCAUUUCAGACGUGGAUGGUGAUGUAGAGAUGAUAGAUGGAGACAACUCAGAUGUGGAUGAAGACGGUGGCAGCAUACAGAUCGAGUAUACAAGGGGCAUAACUCUGAAUGAUGCACAACAGGACAUUCUCAAUGCAUUGGUGCUCAGCCUCAAGACCGAGUUUUUAGGAGUAUCUUUUGUACACUGUCUUACUACAACCGACACUCAAGCUGGACAAAUGAAAGUGCCAGAGAGGGUUGCUUCAAGCUUGAACAUCCCUAAAGAAGGGUUGGCUGGGGUUCGUCUAAGCAGUGGGGAGGCAAAGACUCGUGUUGAAUACAGCACGUCUACUGAUGGUCGUAUAGCUUUCAACAAAAAGCAAUGGAGGCGUUUCCUCUCAAAGACUACCCUGGAGAUCAAUGACUACAUCUUCAUGUUCUUCAAGGCUAGCAGCAAGUCUUACAUGAAUGUUACCGUCGUCGUCAGCAAGCUUUAAGUUUCACUUUCUUUUCGAGAAGCUAUGUUCCCAGUUACGUAGUAUGCUGAUGCAAAACAUCGCUGCCAUCUUUUGUUUAUGCGCUUGACAAGAACCAAGUAACCCCCCCUCGUAUUGCGAUGUUUCUUAUCUAUGUGUGCUUAAGAACUAUGUGGAAUAUGCGUUUCUCGUAAUGAUAAGUGUUGUUAUAUUUUUCAUCAA